CACGUGCACCCGGCUGGCGCACGCACAGCUCUUCCCGACUUCUCUCCUGUCUCCGUGUGCAUCUCCGUUGUUCGAUCGUUCAACCUGACAAAGUACAAAAUGUAACGCAAACGAUCUUUGGACAUUUCGGUCGUCUGUCGAGAGUGAUUCCGUUCAAUCAUUCCUCCUAGACGCACACAAGCAGGGGCACUUAAUUACGAUGGCAGCCAGCUGAUGCCGAUUAUUGUCGUCCACGCGAUGGCAAUAUGGCGAACAUCAAGGUGGCAGUUCGUGUAAGACCGAUUUCUGCCAGAGAACUGAAUUUAACUGGAUCAGAGGUGGUUGUACGCACGGACUCGAACGAGAUUUCCCUGACGAACUUGAAGGUGUCCUCGAGCAAGGCCGGCGACAGUCGCGAAAGGACAAGGAAAUAUGGUUUCGAUUACUGCUUCGAUUCGUCGAACCCAGAGACACAGAGUUUCGCGGACCAGGCAACGAUUUACCAGACGCUUGGCCAGACCGUCCUGGACGCUGUUUUCACUGGCUAUAAUUCCUGUCUGGUGGCGUACGGGCAAAGCGCGUCAGGGAAAACCUACACAAUGAUGGGCACCAAGGAGGAUCCUGGACUCACGCCGCGCCUCUGCCAAGGAAUUUUUGCCAGGAUCGAGGACGAAAGGAGGAACGAGAGGAGCUACAGCGUUUCUGUCAGUUACUUGGAGAUAUACAACGAGAGGGUGAGAGAUCUUUUGAAGCCGUCCUCGAGCACGAGCGGAUUGAGAGUUCGCGAGCAUCCUCGACUUGGCCCUUACGUUCAAGGUUUGACCCACCACGCGGUCUGCAGCCUGGGUUCGUUGAUGUCCUACGUGGAGGAGGGUACGAAGGCCCGGAAGACAGCAUCGACGUUGCAGAAUCGUAGCAGCAGCCGUAGCCACGCUCUGCUGACGAUCGCCGUUGCGGAGGAAUCGCACGGCGUCACCGCCACCCCGGCGAGGAGGAACGAGAUCUCGCCACGCGGUGGCAGCAAAUUACGACUGGUCGAUCUGGCGGGCAGCGAGAGCGCGGCCACGUGCAGCGGUGUUCAUCGACUGAAAGAGGGCGCGAAUAUAAACAAGAGUCUAGUGGCUCUAGGGAACGUAAUAUCAGCCCUUGCGGAGAGAGGCACGGCCGGAAGUGGUCCGGGCAGGAGGUUCAUCCCUUAUAGAGAUUCUUCGCUUACUUGGCUGUUGAAGGACGCACUUGGCGGAAAUGCCACUACCAUUAUGCUCGCCACGAUCUCGCCGGCGAGCGGAAGUUACAACGAGACAGCGCACACGCUGCGAUUCGCGCAGAGGGUGCAGAGCGUGGUCAAUCGGCCGGUGGUCAACGAGGAUCCCGUGGCGAGGAUCAUCCGCGAGCUGAGGGCCGAGGUGGCUAGGUUAAGGUGUUUGUUGCUAGAAAAGAACGUAGAACCAGUCGCGGAGGCGCUCUGCUGUUGCCAGACGCGGGCAGAUCGCUCGUUAAAGGAAUCGGCUGAACGUGGCAGAUCCAGCGUGGUGAAUUUGGAAGUGAAGUCCCAAGAGGAUGAGACAGCGGCGAUAGAAUCGAGGACAGAGGUGGAAGAGAAGGGAUCGAAGAGCGUCGUUUCAGUUCGAAGAUCCAGUUCCAGCGACAGCUGCUGCGUCGCCGCGACGCACGCAACGAAGCCCGAUCCACGGCGAAGAAAGAGAUUCGGCUCGUUGGAAUAUUUGGCGACGAGCGAGCGCUUCAACCGGGCGAAGGUCACCGAGCUGAACGACGAGGAGGACGAGGAGGUGAGCGAGAUCCACGAGUCCGUGUUCGUCGACAUUCCGACGUUGGUCGCGGUUCUGAUCAAGCCGGACAACAACCUUCACGGAUCGUCCGUGCAGAUCGAGGAGAUCUGCUCGGACGAGGUGGCGGAGGAGUCGAUCGACGCCGAGUUCGAGCCGGCCAACGACCACGAGGAGGAGGCGGCGUUCGACGAGUCCGAGAAGCUGGACAGCGUGGAUCACGACGACAGGAGCAGCUCCGUCAACUCGUGUCACGCGUUCGGUGAGAACGAGGCGUCGUCGUCUCUCGAUGUUUGCCAAAGCACCGAGUACGCGCGGCUGAGAUCGCCUAGACAGAGGCGCGAGUUUCGCAAGCAGGACACGGUGGACGUGUUGCCGAGCUCGGUGCUCUCCAACUUGCACGCGUUGAAGAAAUUCGGCUCGGUGGAGGCGAUCGAGAAGAAGCGAGACCCGGUGUUCUCGCUGGAGAGGUCGCACACGAAUUUGGAGAACCGUUCGAACUCGAUCGGCGACCGUGCGAAGAAGUUGAAGAACAUCCGCGAGAUCGACGACCACCAGAAGAACGUCUCGAGCAGAAGCGGCUGGCCGAAGGAGCGGAAAGACAGCAACGACUCGGACAAGAGUCUGAAGGAGCCUGGCGCGAAGUCGAGGAGUUACGCGAGGAAGCCGAGCUUGGACAGUCUGAAGCGAAAGACCAGCAAGGACAGCAGUUCGAGCAGCUCCAAGGACGAGCAGAUAUUGAUCUCGAGCCUGGCUCGUGACAAGCUGCUCCGUAGAAAGAGCUCCCUCGAGCAGGAACCUUCGACGAGGAGCCACACGCCAAUACAGCGAACGAAACGCGCCGAGAUCGUGGCGGCGGUCACCGAGAGGCUGUACUCGAGCAGGAAGCACCUGGACGAUGUUGGACCGGGUGUACGGUCGCCGCCGGACACCGGAUGCGACGCGGCAAAGUCCGCGGCGAAGCUGAAGCUGCAGGAGAUCUCGAGGAAGAUGCUCGGCAAGCGUAAACGCGUGUGCGUGGACACUCAGACGGAGUGCUCGAGGACGGUUCGCAUGAGGGACACCGCGUCCCUCACCGAGACGCCGCAGAUUACGCGUCAGGACGUCGGCGUUCUCACGGAUCGUCACGAAGCCUGCGAGUACGCUUCGGGCGUACGAACGACACCGAUCUUGAGGGUGAAGGAGACGGCCACUUGGACGGAGAAGCCCAGGACGAGAGUCGUCAAGUGCAGAGACGUGGCCAGUUUGGCGAACGACCUCGAGGAGUACGACUACGGGAUCCAUUCCUCUCCGCGCAACGACUCUGGCAUUCUUUCCUCCUCGGCGCGCAAUCACGCCGAGAGUAACUCGAGCAGCGCCGAGGUGUCCGAUCUCCAAGGCCAAGACAGACGAGUGGCGUACGCGGAAACUUCGACAAACACCAGCACGUUCUCGUCCUGUCGGAAUCUCGCGGUGCAGACGUCGCCGUUGAACGAGGCAACGGCAAGCUGCGCGAGACAGUGCUGCAGCCCUCGAGCCAAGGAUCCUGAAAAUCGCGACAGAAGCGUCAUCUCUAUCUCGCUGCCGGACACCGUCAGCAUCAUCAUCGAGACGACGAGCGCCGUAGGGGACUCGAGGAUCGUCGCUGCAACCGCGCAGAUGGAUCACAACGAACCGUCGUUGCAGCCGAACGAUGCGAAACGAGGCGGCGCGAGGGAGGCGGGUGCCCAGACCGACGACGAAUGGAACGAUCCCCGUAACGAGAUCUACUGUUCGAGGGAUCAGGCCGCGUCGGCGCCCAGCCAAACCGACGGCAGGGUGUUCCGGAUCGAGAACAUCUUUCACGACCCUAACAACGCGGCCAAGAAUUCGAGAGUGGAUUCGAAUCGAACGGAGGAAGGGACGAGGAUAAGGAAUUCCAUUACUUUCCGGAAUUCACUGGGGACGUCGUACGUGUCACAGCCGAAGAGGUACGAGCUGGCCCACGAGGGGCUUCACGCCGGAGGAUUUAUCAGGAAUGGAUUAAUCACCGAGGCGUUCAUCAACCGGAAGCGCAGUUUCAAUUCGAGAAGGGCGCCGAGCACGGCCGUUUACCAGGAUCCUUGGAGGAACUGGCAAGUUCCCACGUCAUCGACCAUGGCCAACAAUUUUUCGAAAGGUCUCGGUGCUGUCGUACCGGCCGCCUGGCGACCGGAAGUCGAGGGAACUCCGUUCGAACUUCGUGGGAGCUGCGUGGAAGCUGGAGAGUCGCCGGCCGAUCACUUUCAGUUGGACAGCAUCGACGAGAUUUCGGGGACGAGGUCGCCUUAUUCCGGCUCGUUGAACGGCAACGCGGCGGAUCACGAGCACGGCUUCUCGGACGACAGUUUGGACUAUAACGAGAUCAACGUGUCCGACGAAACGUUGAAAGCGAAAGCGACGACGGAGCAACGGGAGAAGAAUCUCUGCCCGCCAGACGUGGUGGCACACACGAAGAAAGACUGCCCGAAAGCGGUCGACUCGUCGGAGAAGAACGAGCCCGUUAGCGAUCCCGAGGACGGCCGGAUCGCGGAAUUCCCAAAGAGGAAACCGAUCGAGACGACGACAGACGCGAGCAACGCGCGAGAUUACGAGUCUUUGAUCUUGGGCAGAGCUUGUUACAGCUACGAGGAAGCCAACGACGAGUCGAAUAUUCGCGCGGACGGCUCGGGGAAGAAGAAAGUGUCCUUCUGCGAGAGGAAGUCGAGCCCUGAAUCGCCGGCAACCUUGAAACCCAUCAUUAAGAACAGGAAAAAGAAGAACGCGACCGAAACUGCGAGUCCGAUUCGUUCUUUCAACGAAGACGGGAGUGACGGCUCUCGGCAAGAGGAGAGUUUGGAGGAUGGCAACGAGGACGAGGAUUUCGCGGCGAAUUCGAAACAUUGCCGCAGGAAAGUCAAGUUCUCCGUGGAAGAAUCGUCGGAGAACACGUCGUGCAGCGAGUCGGAUAGUUACGAGAACGUGGAGGACGAGGAGGUGGAGGAAGGAGAGGACGAAGAGGUUCUGCUCAAUCGUGAGGGCGAGAACGUUCUCGAGGAGUAUCUGAGCGAGGCGGUGACCUUUAUGCGAAACUUGAACUCUGUCAGCGAGUACGCGAACAGGAGCAUGCUCAAGAGGAAUCCAUUGUCGUGGACGUCUUUGGUUCGUGGACGAGACGGGAAACGAGGUGCACGUCGAAGGGACUGUCCGUCGUCGUCGUGGGAUCGCGAUUACUCGGAAUUCGUGAGCCCAGUUCGAAAGGUCAGUUCGAAAAAGGUCGACGACGACGAUUAUCCAGGGGAGGAGCAGCAGGAGCAGGAGGAGCAAGAGGAGGAGGAGGAGGAUAUCGCGAUAACCACAGACUCGUACGAGAGGUGUCUGAAAGGUAUCCAGAGGUUGGAGGACUGCAUUCGAAGAGUCGACAGGCACAACGAGCUGCUACGGGCGAAGUACGGCGUAGACUGCGAGUCUGCUGGCGCUAGACUGGAUCUAGCGAGUCCUAGUACAGAGGCUCGCGCGUCACCGACGGCCGACGACUCGGAGACGAUCCUUCGUGAGACAGAAGUUCCUUUGUUCCGAGGUGCUGGCGUCGUGGACCGGAAAGAGGGCGACGACCUUGAGAAGAAGAUCUUCGAUCAACUGAUGAACGUUGCCAAUUCCAUCCGCUAUGGGAAUUCGAGCAGGCUUCGAUCUCGUGGCAGUCUGCUCGCUACGGCCGAGCCCAGAUCGAGGAGCCCCGGUACGAAAUUCCGCGACAAAUAUCGCCGCGCGACGAAUCAGCCACCAUUCUGCGGAGACGUUCGAGGAAACCUCAGCGUGGAGGAAGCGUCGAACGAUCGCAGAGAUCUCACCACGUACGAAAUAACGGGGAAUUUGUCCGUGGAGAGGACCUGCUCCACCGAACGGAAGAACGACGACUUGGAUCAUGCUCUGGAGGAAGGUUUCUCGCCUCUGAGAAGAUUGAAUCGGACAUCAUGGCCCGCUGAUUCGAAUUGUCCAGCAUCGAUGGAGAUGGACGAGCACAGUUCUUCUUUUUCGAGACAGACUGAUUGUUUCAGGAAAGCGUACAACACGGCGAACGCGCGAACGAAAAGAUUCCAAGAGACGGACGAUUAUUCGCGGCGAGCGGGGGAAGCUGGUAGACGACACGUGUGCGCGUGUUGGAAGGAUCACGCGGUGAUGGAGAGCACGGCCGGCGAGAUCGCGCAUCUCAGGGACAAAUUGAAAUAUCCCGGAAGUCCCAGGGCGAGAUUUCUGGAGCUUCUUCGGGAGAGGCGGCGAAUAGUCGAGUGCAGCCGUGGCACGAGUGCCUCUUGAAGCGCGUCCCUUUCCUCCACUCUCGCCUCUUUUCAAUUGUAAAGUGUAUUUUUCUAUUGUACACGCGCUCUCUUUCCCCCCCGUCUUUUUGUAAAUAAUAGAUUUUUAGAACCUUUUCUAACCGCUCUUGUCACCGUUUGCUCCCUCCCACGACGAAAUUCAACUUAUUCAUCCCUCUCCGACUGUUCCAUCGAACGUGAACUCGCCCCUCUGCGACUAAUGUUAGCCUCCUGCGCUGGAACGUGUCACGCGACGAUGUAUUCUCAGUUUCAAGCUGGUUCUUUCAAUGUUCCAGGUGGAGUUUUUUUUUUUUUCUUUCUUUAUUUAAAAUUGCGCGCCCCCUGAGGGGUUAAACGUUUCGCGACAGAAUCAUAGGUUUAGGGGUCGACGAAGAAGAUUGUUUUGGAAACAGUUCGACCAUUUACGCUUUUUCUCUUCCCGAGGGAAUUUUACAAAAUUUGGGAAACCUUGACUCGCCGUAAUUUACGUAUCUAUUCUUCAAGAUUAAAAAAAUUCACGUACGCUCAAGUUAACUUCUUGCGGUGGAAUGACGUGCCAUUGAGAAUAUUUCUGGCCCAAAAAAUGGCAAAAUAUUUUCUCAGUUUCAAGUAGUAUAUAUUGAGAUACAACCGCGGGCUAAGAAGCAACGAGUGAUAAAUUUUAAUAACAUACCGACGAAAUUCAAAAAAACAAGACGAAUCGUUGUCAUCACGGUUUGUUCGGUCACUCGUUAUGGUCCGCGCAACACUUCCUUUCUUCCCUCUCGUCGUUCGAAGAUCAAGACCCACGGUUGAAUGUUGUAGCAACGCGCGGCGAUAUCAGAUUUCGAACGAGUGGAAUAAAUGU